ACUCAUUUUCUUCAAUUAAUUGCAGCUAUAUCAGUCACUAUAUCUGGAAUGUUGAUAGUUGUAGCCUUUUGCAUCUACAAAUCGUUACCAUAUACUUCAAUGGUGUUCUGCAACAAGAAAAGCAAGAGUCACCAAAACAUCAAGGAAUUUUUAAGGAAGCAUGGAUCACUUGCACCUAAUAGAUAUAGUUAUUCUGAUGUUAAAAUUAUGACCAAUUCAUUUAGACAUAAAUUGGGUCAAGGAGGGUAUGGAAGUGUUUACAAAGGUAGGCUACAUGAUGGUUGUAAUGUCGCAGUGAAGGUCUUGACUGACUCUAAAGGUAAUGGUGAAGAAUUUAUCAAUGAGGUUGCUAGUGUUAGUAGGACUGCCCAUGUCAACAUAGUCACUCUUUUAGGCUAUUGUUUUGAAGGUCAUAGGAGAGCUCUCAUCUACGAGUUUAUGUCGAAUGGAUCUCUAGAGAAAUUCAUAGAUAAAAAGAGUCCAUUGAAGUCGGAAACAUUGUACCAAAUUGCAAUAGGCAUAGCUCGAGGGCUAGAGUAUUUACACCGCGGUUGUAGCACAAGAAUUUUGCACUUUGACAUAAAGCCUUCGAACAUUCUCCUUGAUGAAGAUUUUUGUCCAAAGAUCUCUGAUUUUGGUUUGGCCAAAAUUUGCCCUAACAAAGAGAGUAUCGUAUCAAUGGCAACUGCACGAGGUACUAUUGGUUACAUUGCUCCUGAAAUAUUUUUAAGAAAUUUUGGAGAGGUCUCUCACAAGUCAGAUGUUUAUAGUUAUGGAAUGAUGGUUUUAGAAAUGACUGGAGGAAGACAGAAUAGAAAUGUUGAAGUUCAAAAUACUAGUGAAAUAUACUUUCCACAGUGGAUUUACAAAUGUCUUGAAGAAGGUGAAGAGCUUGGAUUGGAUGGUAUUUCAAAUGAAGAGGAUAAAAGUUGUAUAAGAAAGAUGAUAAUAGUGAGUUUGUGGUGCAUACAGACUAACCCCUCAGACAGGCCAACAAUGAGCGGAGUGGUAGAUAUGUUGGAAGGCAACCUUGAUUUGUUACAAAUCCCACCAAGGCCUUUCUUAUCUUCCCUCUAAGAUUGCAAGUAAAUUCUUCAGCACGGUUGUUAAAAGUAAUAUUGUUAUACUAUCAUGUAACAAAUUGCUCCAACAAAGAGAGUAUU